AUGUCCCUCUACUUUGAUGCGGUCGCUAUCUUGACCACGCCCUCAUCAGGCGGCUCGUUCAAGUCUCGGGUUUAUAGUGCUCGGAACCUCCGCGCAUCUCCAGCUCAGAUCUAUGCGCUGACCACCGAGGCUGCUAAAUGGGACACCGUGCUGGCAGAUGUCAUUGACAAAUCAGGCAUUCUCGCCUUGGAACGCAAGCUCUCUCCACUCCUCGCUCUUCUCCUCGUUCACGAUCUUCUACUCGCGAAGAAGGGCAUUGCCGCCCCGGCAACCCACACACUCCGUCAAACUGUGGAGCGUCACAAGGCUAGGCUAAAGGCUGAGUUCACUAAGGCUCGUGUCCGUCGUGGGUGCGCCUCCGUCGAGCAAUUCAAGGCUGUUGUUAUUCGUGAGAAAAGACUGGCCGAUGGGACCAGCCAUUUCGUAUACCCGCGCUGGGUGCGCAUCAAUAACAUCCGCACUACCCUCGAAGAGCAGCUGAGCACUACGUUCAAGUCUUACCGUCGGGUAGAAACUAUUGCAGAAUUGGCCCAAGAAGACGAGCUGGAAAGCCGAAAGCCAGAGCCGAGAUUGUUCAUCGAUCCUAACAUUCCGGAUUUGGUGGCGGUGCCUUUUGGCGCAGACUUUACUGCCUCAUCUGCCUAUAAAAAUGGUGAUAUCAUUCUACAGGACAAAGCGUCCUGCUUCCCAGCGUAUCUCCUGUUGGGUGACCGUGGGCCCAGCGACCCAUGGGAGGGUGACUUAGUUGAUGGCUGUGCCGCCCCAGGGAACAAAACUACGCACUUGGCCUCGCUUUUGGCUAAACAACAAAAGGGUAGCAAGAACAGCAAACAGAGAAUCUUUUCUAUGGAUGCAUCUACCGUGCGUUCUAGAACGCUGCAGAAAAUGGUUGGUCUGGCCGGUGCUGAUUCGGUCACUGUACUGCAAGGUCAGGAUUUCCUCGCCCUUGACCCAGAAGAUGAACAGUUUGAAAAGGUUACUGGGUUACUGCUGGACCCCAGUUGUUCUGGUAGCGGAAUCAUCGGCCGCGACGAUGUCCCUCAGUUCACACUCCCUGCCGCGGCAGCAUACAAGGCGCCCAAGUCACAUGGAAAGAAACGAAAGCGUCCGGACAAUGAUGAUGAAGCAGGUAGCGAGCAAUCGAAAGCCACCAUGGGAACUCCGCAGGCAGAGCCCACAGAUGAAAAUGAUAUUCCGGAUGGGACUAUUGACCCAGAGCGACUGACCAAACUAUCAAGCAUCCAAGCGCGAAUCGUUGAACACGCUCUGAGUUUCCCGAAUGCUACCCAUGUGACGUAUAGUACUUGUUCUAUUCACCUGAUUGAAAAUGAGGGCGUCGUGGCUCGGAUUCUGAAUUCCCAAGUCGCUAAAGAGCGCGGCUGGCGCCUCCUGCGGCGCGAGGAGCAGCCUGACGGCUUGCGCCGAUGGGAGAAACGAGGUGUGCGAGAGGAGCGACCAGCUUCAGGAGAGAUAGGACCAUUAGGCACGGUAGACCUCUCUGACGAGGCACUCGAAGCGUGUAUCCGGUCCUGGCAAGGUGACGCAGAAGGUCUUGGAGGGUUUUUCGUUGCUGGAUUCAUUCGUGACCCUAGUCACGCUGUCGCGACCAUUCCGGCUAAGGAACGUGGAAAUGAUGAGCACGAUGAGCAUAGUGAGAGCGAUGAGAGCGACGAAGAAGAAGAAGAAGAAGAAGAAGAAGAAGGAAAGGAUGAAGACGAUGAAGAAUGGGGAGGAUUCUCCGAUUAG